UUUACAACUGGAAGAGAGAAAAUGGAAAAGCAAAAACCCUUUAAAUUGUUUGUACCGCCAAGAUUAAGUAGUAGUCAGGUGUCUGCGGUGAAACCUCAGACCUUGGGAGGAGAUUCUAAUUUCUUCAAGAAUUUCAACAAAUGUAUUGAAGAUGAUUUUGGUUUGCCGUUUGCAAUGACUAAUCUCUCCAAAAAUGGGGAAAACAUUGAUUCAGAUCCUGCUUUACAAAAAGUUAACUUUUUACCCAUGCUUGAACAGGUUGAUAAUUCUGACAGUUGUCACUACCAGGAAGGACUAAAAGAUUCUGAAUUUGAGAAUUCAGAGCCGAUAAGCAGACUAUAUUCAAAACUAUAUAAGGAGGCUGAGAAGAUCAAGAAGUGGAAAGUGAAUGUAGAAUCUGAACUGAAGCAGAAAGAAAAUAAGUUGCAAGAAAAUAGAAAGAUAAUUGAAGCACAGCGUAAAGCCAUUCAGGAAUUACAGUUUGAAAAUGAAAAAGUAAGUUUGAAAUUAGAAGAAGGAAUUCAAGAAAAUAAAGAUUUAAUAAAAGAGAAUAAUGCUACAAGGCAUUUAUGUAAUUUACUCAAAGAAACCUGUGCCCGAUCGGCAGAAAAGACAAAGAAAUAUGAAUAUGAACGGGAAGAAACUAGGCAAGUUUACAUGGAUCUAAAUAAUAACAUUGAGAAAAUGAUAAUAGCUUUUGAGGAACUUCGUGUACAAGCUGAAAAUUCCAGACUGGAAAUGCAUUUUAAGUUAAAGGAAGAUUAUGAAAAAAUCCGACACCUUGAAGGAGAAUACAAAAAGGAAAUAAAUGACAAGGAAAAGCAGGUGUCACUACUAUUGAUCCAAAGCAAUGAGAAAGAAAAUAAAAUGAAGGAUUUAACAUUUCUGCUACAGGAAUCCAGAGAUAAAGUUAAUCAGUUAGAGGAAAAGACAAAAUUACUGAAUGAAAGCUUAAAAGAAUCAAAUGAGAAACAGGAUUGUUUGACAUCAGAACUAGAAGAUAUUAAAAUGUCUUUGCAAAGAAGUGUGAGUACUCAAAAGGUUUUAGAGGAAGAUUUACAGAUUGCAACAAAAACAAUCUAUCAGCUCACUGGAGAAAAAGAAGCUCAAAUGGAAGAAUUCAGUAAUGCUAAAGCUGCUCAUUCAUUUGUGGUUACUGAACUUAAAACUACUAUCUGCAACUUGGAAGAAUUAUUGACAACAGAACAGCAAAGACUGGAAAAAAAUGAAGAUCAACUGAAAAUACUUACCAUGGAGUUUCAGAAGAAGUCAACUGAAUUGGAAGAGAUGACCAAGUUUAAAAAUGACAAAGAAGUAGAACUUGAAGAAUUGAAAAAAAUGUUGGCAGAAAACCAAAAGCUUUUGGAUGAAAAGAAACAAUUUGAGAAGAUUGCUGAAGAAUUAAAAGGAACAGAACAAAAAUUAAGUGGUCUUCUCCAAACCAGAGAGAAAGAAGUACAUGAUUUGGAAAUACAAUUAAAUGCCAUUGUGACAAGUGAACAGCAUUACUCAAAACAGGUUAAAGAUCUGAAAACUGAGCUUGAAAAUGAGAAGCUAAAGAGUUUUGAACUAACUGCAAGCUGCAAUAAGCUUUCAUUAGAGAACAAAGAGCUAGCACAAGAAAUGAGCGAUGUGACCUUAGAGCUCAAGAAGCUGCAAGAAGAUAUAAAUAAUAGCAAAAAGCAAGAAGAAAGGAUGUUGAAACAAAUAGAAAAUCUGGAAGAAACAGAAACACAAUUAAGGAAUGAACUGGAAUCUGUGAGAGAAGAGCUAAAAAAGAAAGGAGAGGAAGUUAAAUGUAAACUGGACAAGAGUGAAGAAAAUUGUAACAACUUAAGGAAACAAGUUGAAAAUAAAAGCAAGUAUGCUGAAGAACUCCAGCAGGAGAAUAAGGCCUUAAAAAGAAAGAAUACAGCAGAAAGCAAGCAACUGAAUGUUUAUGAGAUAAAGGUCAGUAAAUUAGAGUUAGAACUAGAAAGUGUCAAACAAAAAUUUCAAGAAAUGACUGAUAGCUAUCAAAAAGAAAUUGAGGAUAAAAAGACAUCAGAAGAAACUCUUCUGGGAGAGGUUGAGAAAGCAAAAACAAUAGCUGAUGAAGCAGUAAAAUUACAGAAAGAAAUUGAUAUACGAUGUCAACAUAAAAUAGCUGAAAUGGUAGCACUUAUGGAAAAACAUAAGCACCAAUAUGAUAAAAUUGUUGAAGAAAGAGACUCAGAAUUAGGACUUUAUAAAAGCAGAGAACAAGAACAGUCAUCAGUGAGAGCAUCUUUGGAGAUUGAAUUAUCCAACCUCAGAAAUGAACUUUCAUCCAUUAAGAAGCAACUUGAAAUAGAAGGAGAAGAAAAAGAAAAACUCAAAAGAGAGGCAAAAGAAAACACAGUUAUUCUCAAAGACAAAAGAGACCAGAAAACACAGACAUCUUUAUUGGAAACACCUGAAACCAGUUAUCGGAAAUUUGAUUCUAAAGCAGCUUCUUCACAAAAUAUAUCUAGAAAUUCCACAUCAGCUGACCGUGGCAAAUCCAAAGAUAAAAGAGACUAUUUGUGGACAUCUGCCAAAAGUACUUUAUCUACACCAUUGCCGAAGGCAUAUACCGUGAAGACACCAACAAAAGUGAAAAUACAUCCCAAGGAAAACCAGAAUUUACCCACUGAAGAAAGUAAUAAAAAGAGAAAAAUGGUCUUUGAAUUCGAUAUUAAUUCAGAUAGUUCAGAGACGACUGAUCUUUUGAGCAUGGUUUCAGAGGAAGAGACAUUUAAAAAAAUGUACAAAAAUAAUCAUCCACCAGCUUCUCAUCUUCGUGUCAUAACACCAAAACAGACCCCUUCAUCUCUAACAACCUCUGGAUCCGCAGUGAAGUUUGGAGCUAUGCGAAAAAUGCCAGAGGACCGUUGGGCUGCAAUUGCUAAAAUGGAUAGGAAAAAAAAACUGAAGGAAGCAGAAAAGCUAUUUGUUUAAUUUCAGAAAAUCAGUGUGAUUAAGGAGCCUAAUAACAUGAAAUUUAUAGUUUUUUUUUUUUUAAUUCUUAUUUUCCAAAGAGCCAACUUUUAUCUGGAAAUUGAGAACAUUUUUUUUAUUUACAUGAAUAAUUUAUGUUUCUUUAUUUAUAUUUUGGCCCAAAUGUGAAAUAACUAUGUUACCUGAAAAAUUGUAAUUGUAUUCCGAUAGAUAAUUAUAUUUUGUUGUUACCUUUACGUGUAUUUUUGGAAACUGUUUUUGCUGAGUUUUCAAAUUUGCAGUUACCCUUUGAAUGCUAAGAACGUGUUAUUAAGAUUUACCCUUUAUUCUUUACUAUUAAACUAUUUUG